UAGCCCUCUCUGCCGUUCUUGCUUGUCGUGAAGUUUUGUCAGUAAAUAAUUUUUUGAUGGCUCAAGAAAUCAAACCGGUCUUUGUCCUUUGGAUGGUUGUGGCCUGUCUAGCUUUGGUUGGUUCAACCACAACACCGAAACCUGCUACUGAUUCUACAACCAUAAAGCCUCCCGCUCCGGAUGGUUCAUCCACAACACUGAAACCUGCUACCGAGUCUACAACCACAAAGCCUCCAGAUUCAACAACAACAGCUCCGGAUGUUUCAUCCACAACACUGAAACCUGCUACCGAGUCUACAACCACAAAGCCUCCAGAUUCAACAACAACAGCUCCGGAUGGUUCAUCCACAACACUGAAUCCUGCUACCGAUUCUACAACCAUAAAGCCUCCAGAUUCAACAACGACAGCUCCGGAAGCUUCACCCACAACACUGAAACCUGCUACUGAUUCUACAACCAUAAAGCCUCCCGAUUCAACAACGACAGCUCCGGAUGGUUCAUCCACAACACUGAAACCUGCUACCGAUUCUACAACCAUAAAGCCUCCAGAUUCAACAACAACAGCUCCGGAAGCUUCACCUACAACACCGAAACCUGCUACAGUUUCUACAACCAUAAAGCCUUCAGGACCCUGUGAUGGAAAACCAUGCUUGGAUGGGAGCACCUGUCACCCUCGUUAUGAUCAAACCUUUGAAUGCUUGUGUUUGGCUGGUGAUAACUAUGAUUAUAUCAGCAAAGAAUGUCAGAGUGGCAAAGUCUUCCCUGGACAACUAAACCUGCCUGGCCUCCCAUACAAACCGGAAAUGGCUGACAAGUCAUCACAAGAAUUUCAAAACGCUGCCAAAAAGAUUAACGGGGAGAUUCACAACAUUUUCAAGGAUGAUGAUUCUUUCUCCAGCUCGACAGUGCUGGAAAUCAGUAAGGUGCCGUCAAAAAAAAGUCAAGUUAGGUCAAUGUCAGCGAAGAAUAAAGCCAUAGCAACUGUUGAGAUCAUCUUCAAGAAAAGUGCUGACAUCAACGGAACACAAGUUCUAGAUAAGAUGUCAGCCGCCAGCAACUGUAGUGGUUGCUUACUGGAUGGUGCAGUUUUUGAUCCCAAACCCUUGUGUUCUUUGGAUCCUUGUGAUACAAAUACUACACAAUGCAAUGGGAUAGAUGGAGGAUUUACUUGCACCUGUUCGGAGGAUUUCAUUAAGACAGUCCUCAGUGACAGGUUGUGCAUAGCCUGUCCAAGUGGUUUCAAAUCUGAAGACUCCCAAAAUUGUGUCCCGUGUCCCUUUGGGCGUUCUGGUUUUAACUGCAAGGAAACCUGGAAGCUAACUUUGGUCAUUGUCGGCUCCGUGCUUGGGAGCCUGCUGCUGAUCGCGCUCAUUCUUCUGCCUGUAUUGACACUCAAAGCCUCAAAGAAGAUCUCCAAGAAGGAGAAAAGUGGAGACCUGGGGCCAUCCUUCAGCCACAUUCCUACCAAGCAAUCAGGGGUUAACGGCAGUCCAGCUCCAAGGCAACCUGCCCUGUACGGUGGGCCGGCGGACAGGAUGUCAGGCUCGGCUAAUGCCGGGGGGAAUCGGAUCCCAAGGGCCACAGCCACAAACAGUUGGGAAAAAAGAGCCAACCUGGAGCGGACCCAGUCCAGCAGACAACCUGCCCCGUACAGUGGGCCGGCCAACAGGAUGUUGGGCUCGGCUAAUGCCGGGGUGCCUCAGAUCCCAUGGGCCACAGCCACAAACAGUUGGGAAAAAAGAGCCAAUAUGGAGAUGACUCCGACCAGCAGCAGACAAAACUUGGUUCCAGUGGGGAGGAACUCGCGGCCCUACGACGACCACAAUGACAUGAACCCAUAUGCUCAGGCUCGCCCCCAGAGCAACCCCUACACCCAGAAUCAACCUCGCGUCGACCCGUACAAUCAGCGCCAUGGACACAGCAACCCUUACUACAUGCACGACAACUGAAGACGGCUAUAAUUUACAGGGCUUCCCUGGCGAAGGUUUAUCCUACAUUAACCUAAAAUCAAUUUUAUUGGAAUCACCUGAGAAUAGAUGGCUAAAUACCACAAAUGCACUAUGAUGGUGAGAGUUUUGGAAACAGAAGCGAAAUGGUCAAGAGGGUCUUGUGCAAUUGCGGAAAUCAACCAAUCAUAAACUGUCAUAUUAUUAUUACUAUUCCUGACCUUUGAUAAAGUUAAGGAUAUGAGAUUCACCAAUGGUAUUUUCACAGUCUUAUAUUCUAUAUUUUCAAUGUUGAUCAAUUUAAAUAUUACUUUCUUAAGACU